CUAUAUUUACAUGUUUUCUAAAUGUGUUUCUUUGUAGUGUCGAUGCCGCCUUCUCGCACUGUGAGUGAACCAUGGAGGAAAAUAUCUUGGGGAGACAAUGCGAGGGAUCUCCAGUAUGUGAAGGAGUAUAAGCCUGGAAACGAGGACAUCAAACAUGUCCGAAUCCUUCUGUACGGACCCAACGGAGCUGGAAAGUCCAGCUUCAUCAAGUCUGUCAGCAGCGUCAUACGAGGCAGAGUGACUACUCCUGCUUUGACCUCUGACAAAAGUUACAGUGGAACAUAUGAAACGUUUAAAAUCAGAGAAGAAGAAGGAAACCCAGAGUCAUUCUGUCAUUUUGUCUUCAAUGACGUCAUGGAUCUGAAGGAUGGAGAUGGAAUCAGUUCUGACGACAUCAAGCUGACCCUGAAAGGACAUGUGAAGGAGGGUUACCAGUUCAAGCCUUCCUCUCCACUGUCUGAUGAUGACCCAGGCUACAACCCCCGUCCCUCUGCAGACGACCAAGUUCAUGUUCUGGUUUGUGUGCUUUCUGCUAACUCAGCAGAAAUCCCAGACUCAGUUCUGAAGAAGAUGGCAGACAUCAGAGAGGCAGCCAGUGAGCUGGGGAUUCCCCAAAUGGCAAUAGGCACCUACAUUGAUUUAGCCUGUCCUGAAACUGAAAAUGAUCUGAAGAAUGUGUACAAGAGCCAGAACCUGAAGAAAAAGGUGAAAGACUUCAGCGCAGCAGUGGGAGUCCCAGAGAACUACAUCUUUCCUGUGAAGAACUACAGUGAUGAAACCGACAUCAAUGAUGAUGUCGACACUCUCAUCCUGAACGCACUGAGACAAAUGAUCAACCUUGGAGACGACUUCAUUUACAAAAUGUAAAACUAUGUUAGAGAAAGCAGUGAGUCUGGGAUGUCCAGUUAUAAUCUGUUGGCAGGUCUCUUUGACAGUUAAUGUCUGUAUUUGAUGAAGACUGUUGUCUCUAUAAGACAGCUGGGAUCUGAUCCUAGUGGCCAACACAUACAUGGAAUUGCAUGUUUGCAUGUUUGUGAUGAAUAAAUUCUGUGGCUUGCA